AUGACGUGCGGAGCCGUUGUCCGGACAGGCAACAUGGUGCAAAGCCUGUUCCCCCGCCCUGCGCUGGUUCGAGCUGGGCGGAUGCUUUUACUGCAAGCUACGCCUGACUGCAACGCCGGGAUCAAGCCUCCCUUGUCCGGCCGGCGCGCCAUGCAAGGACUCGAGGCCCGUUGUAAAGCUGAUCGGCAACUUGCAUCCGUGUGUGGUGUGCCUGGCGUAUGGUCACCAACUCUCGCGUCUACCAUUUCCUCCAGACCCCAAUUAUGCUUCAACAAUGAGCUCUGGAAGCCAUACCAGGACGCUUUUGCCAGCUGGCCCGACAGCAUACCCUUUUGCAUUUUCCCAAGGUUCACUGAGCACGUCGCUGCGGGAAAGGAGGAAGCCUGUGCUGGCAGCAUGCGAUCGUUGCAAGCAGCACAAAGUGAGGUGCGACGGUGCCCGGCCCAAGUGUGA